AGCAAUCUCUGUCUCUCUUUCUCUCCGCUAAUAAGACCAUUUAAAGCGCCUAAAGGACAAACGAAACUGGAAAAUCUCCCUCACUUGUGUUCUUUAGAGAGAUUGAAGCGGGAGCUUCUCGAAGAAACUCCCAUUGUCAUCGUCUUUGAUCUCGGGCUUCACCCACUCUUUUACAGAUCUAGAGCAGCUGCUUUAGUACAAACAAGCACGUUGCCAUCUAUGCUAUUGCCUUGGACCGAGGGCUAAAAUCAAAAAGUGCUACGGCAGUUGUAGACUUUUGUAGCGUGUGCUGAGAUUAAAGACAAUUUAAUUACUAAAACCAUAAUUAGCCCCUUCUGUGAAUAAAGUUAGUAACCCAUUUUUUAGUUUUGACGUUUAGGUAACGGUACGUAAAUGUCUGCAAUGCAGAGAAAGAGAAACUAGCUGAAUCAAGAAAUCCCCUUGAGGGAUUUCCCUUUGCUCCAUUUUAUGCUCUGUGUCACAAAGAGCAUUGCCGGGUUGAAUUGGUAGAAAUGGAGAGCGGUGAGAGCAGCAGCAGCAAUGAGAGUCCCUCAGCAUUGAAGGACUCCUCAUGGUUUUGCCAGUUCCGCAAUGGGUCCAAUCCUUGGAUGGCCAGAUAUGUCUACGCCUUGAUUUUUCUAGUUUCAACUCUUCUAGCAUGGGCUGCUCGGGAUUUUGGCCACAGCGCCUUGACGGAAAUGGAGAGAUUAAAGGGAUGCAAAGGUUUAAAAGACUGUUUGGGUGCCGAAGGAGUUCUGCGAGUGAGCUUGGGGUGCUUUACAUUCUUUAUCACAAUGUUUCUUUCAACGGCUGGUACCUCGAAGUUGGAUGAGCCCAGAAAUUCAUGGCAUUCUGGAUGGUGGUCUGUCAAGAUUGUUAUGUGGAUUGGCUUCACCAUUAUCCCUCUUUUGCUUCCAUCUGCCAUUAUCCAGCUCUAUGGGGAGGUCUCACAUUUUGGUGCCGGGGUAUUUCUUGUAAUUCAACUGAUAAGCAUAAUCAGUUUCAUUAUGUGGCUGAAUGAUUGUUGUCAGUCUGACAAGCAUGCAGAAAGAUGCCAAAUCCAUGUGAUGUUACUGGCAACUACUGCAUAUGUUGUAUGCUUGGUGGGGAUCAUUUUGAUGUACAUUUGGUAUGCACCAGAGCCAUCUUGCCUCCUCAACAUUUUCUUCAUUACCUGGACCUUGGUACUCCUCCAACUCAUGACCAGUGUCUCUCUUCACCCAAAAGUGAAUGCUGGCAUAUUGACACCAGCGCUCAUGGGGCUCUAUGUGGUAUUCAUCUGUUGGUGUGCAAUUAGAAGUGAACCAGUAGGAGGAAAUUGCAACAGGAAGGCAGAAGCUACAGACAAAACAGACUGGCUUACGAUCAUAAGCUUUGUUGUUGCUGUACUUGCAAUGGUCAUUGCAACAUUUUCAACAGGCAUAGAUUCCAAGUGUUUUCAGUUCAGGAAGGAUGAAACACGAGACGAAGACGUUCCAUAUGGUUAUGGCUUCUUCCAUUUUGUCUUUGCCACAGGAGCAAUGUACUUUGCAAUGCUAUUGAUUGGUUGGAACACCCAUCAUGCCAUGAGAAAGUGGACUAUUGAUGUGGGUUGGACCAGCACAUGGGUCAGAAUAGUGAAUGAGUGGUUGGCAGUCUGCGUUUACUUAUGGAUGCUGGUGGCUCCAAUCAUAUGGAAGAGCAGACAAGCAGCUGAAUCCACAUAAAAUGUGGAGAAAAUGUCCAAAUAUUUUUGCCAUUGCCCAUUCAUUUAUUGUGCAUAUGGGAAUCCUUCACCCCUUUUCAGAUAGGAAAGGAACUCUGCUGUAUACUCAAGAAGAUAUCCAAUCCUCUGGCUCCAAGCAAAAGGGUAAAAGGGUAAAGAAAACACAAAUUAUCCAUAUUACCUGGGAGAUGAUAUCCAUCUUAUUUGUUGUAACUACUUCACUGUCAGAGCAUAAUAUAUACCUUAGAGCAUUCUCAAUGAACUUUUUAUUCUUUUUGCUAAAAUUUGGCUUAAAAACUUGCUUUUUGUAGUUUAACUAAAUAUCUAUGCAAAAGUAUCAAAUAAUAAACUCUUUAGAUUUUACUCUAUUCUAUUUAAAUAUAAUUUUUAAUCUAUUUUUAUUCUCAAAAGCACCCCACAAACCCAUACUCCUCCCAAACAACAAAGAGAAGCCAAAGAAUUAGUACCAAAACAACUCAGCAAACCCCACUACAGCACUAUACGGUCACAAAUCCCCUCCAUUAUCCAAUACACUGAGGUUCCUGGAUGGCGUGAAAGAGGGAGAGAGGAAGGAGAGAAGAAGUGUUGGGAUAAAUAUAAAAACAUAAAAAAAUUGAGUUGAAAAAGUAUUUUGUUCUCCAAAUGUGGGGAGAUGUCCUAAAAUAGAGAGGAGAAUAGAGAGCGUGAUGGAGCUUGUUUUUGUAUAAUUUAACCAAAUUUUGACUAAGAGAGCUAAUUAAGAAUGUUCCUAUAUAUAGAACCAUAGAGAUUUCAGAUGCUAAUUAAUUUUCUUUCUUCAAAGAACAAGAGAAAUUAUUUAACAAAAAAAAAGGGGGUGGUCCACUGGUCCAUGAUGGGUUGUGAUCAAAUUCGUUUAAUUGGUGUGAAAAGUCAACUGCUGAUCCAAUUGUCAAUUUUUGAGGCAGCACUUUUACUUUAUUUUGUAUUUGUCUGAAUGUAGAAAAUUCGAGCCCACCAACCAAUGGCAAAACCCCCAAUUCAUAUUGGGGGUGUCGCUAAAAAAAUUUUCUUAGCGUACUAAAAAUUUUCUCCACCCGAAAAAUUUGGUAAUUCUCACAAUAUAUGCAGCACAAAAAAAUAUUUAUAAAAGUUCAUAAAUAUGUGCUCAAAUUGAUAUAUUAGAAAUGUAAUAUGUCGGUACUAUAUUAAAAAGACAGAAAUACAAAAAAAAAAUAUAUAUAUAUAUAAAACUGCACUUUACGGUAUAUAUAAAACUGCACUUCACGGUCUCUUAGAAGUACGAAAUCAUCAAGUAUCGAAUCUUUGAGAUAAAAAGAACAAAAGAGAGUGAGUCAUCGACUUUAAGGGCGCCGUGUCUUAGGUAGAUAAAAAGAAAUAUAUAUAUAAUUUUGGGGGUGAAAAAUAAAAAUUUAAAAAUCUCACGGCUCCCCAAAGAUGUAAGUGGCUCCGCCACUGCCACCAAUGGAAAUGAGCUAUUCAUACCUCACCGGCCACUGCCAUGUUGGUCUGUAUGCUAUAAACUGUGUUACUUACUCCUUUUGUCACAGCCACUGCGCACUUCUCUCUUUCUCUAAGAAAAUUACAUUUAAGAGCAAUGGGCUUGACGGUUUCCACUCUGGCUGGCUGUACAACUUUGAGAUGCAAUCUCUCUAACAAAGUUUUUUUUUCUUUUUGGUUCCGUUUGUUUGAUUAUUGAAAUGAAAAAUUCGGAUACUUCUAAGAUUAAAAUUGUUUGUAAUAUUUUAGAGAGUCUGAUAAAAUAAAGAAUAAAGAUCGACAAUCAAGAUCAAA